AUGUCUGCUCCUGCUCCUCUCUUCGACUACAGCGUCCCCACCUUCAUCAAGGGACUGCGCACCCUGUCCAACAUCAUCCAAAAGGCCGCCGACUUCGCUCAGCAGCAGGGCACCCCCGUCGAUGAGGUCGCCGGCUGGAAGCUCACCGAGGACAUGCUCCCUGUCACCUUCCAGGUCCAGACGGCCUGCAACCUCGCCAAGAACUCCCUCCCCCGUAUCGCCGGUUACGAGCAGCAGCCCGUCGAGGACAAGGAGAAGACCGUCGCCGAGCUGCAGGCUCGCAUCGCCAGCACCAUCGAGUUGUUGCAGAAGGCUGAGCCCAGCCAGUUCGUCGGCAAGGAGAAGAACGAGUUCAAGAUGAUGGCUGGUCCUCGCGAGUUGGAAUUCAAGGUCCAGGAUUACUUGACCAACUUUGCUCUGCCCAACUUUUACUUCCACAUCACCACCGCCUACGCCAUCUUCCGUGCCAAGGGUGUGCAGCUGGGCAAGUUCGACUACCUGGUGCCUUUCAUGCAGUAG